AUGAUCAACAAAUACCGCGGUUAUUUUGCUUUGUUUGGUGGAUUUAUGAUCCAUCUGACGCUGGGAACUAUUUAUUCUUUCGGAAAUUUGACCACUUACAUUACGUCUUAUAUCCGCCAACGGAAUGAUCCUACAUUUACGUAUGAACAUGCAACGUGGAUUUACACUGGAGCUGUGAUGACCCAAGGGUUUCUCAUGUUUGCUGGCGGACAGUUGGAGAAAAAAAUAGGAGCCAGGUGGACUGCCUUCUGUGGGUGCUUACUAUUCAGCGGAGGGGUAUUUUCAACGGCGUUUGCCAUUGAAGUUGGAUUCUGGCUGGUGGUGAUUUCGUACGGUGUUCUAUUCGGAGCCGGUGUGGCAUUUGCUUACAUAGUUCCGCUGUCAUGCGGCAUGAAGUGGUUUCCAGAAUCCAAAGGAUUAGCCAAUGGUGUGAUUCUCGGUGGAUUCGGAUUGGGAGCAUUCGUCUUUUCGUAUUUACAAACGUGGUUCAUCAACCCGGAAAAUUUAUCUGUUGCCACUUCAGGAUACUUCGAGAACGAUGAAAUCCUGGAUCGAGUUCCUCAGCUGUUCAUGAUAUUGGGAGGCGUUUAUUUCGUUCUGCAGUUGAUUGGACUGAUUUUCCUUUGUCCACCACAGACGCGGGAUAUUUACGCCCGUUUACCAUCGAUCGACGAGGAAAAACGAGGAAUUCUGGACGACGAUAAUUCUCCAAAUCGGCGGCGGUCGAGCGUUCUGCCCAUCGGAAGACAAGCAUUCAACGAUUUUAGUGGAAGUGGCGUCGUUGAUAUUGUUGGAAAUGAUCUCAGCUUGAGUCCGGGAUCAGCUCUGAAAACGAAGGAGUUCUACAUGCUGUGGUUCACGCUUUUCUUCAACCAGCAGGCGAUCGGAUUCAUCUCGACUAUGUACAAAGCCUACGGGCAAACCUUCAUCAAGGAUGAUCAGUUUCUUGCCCUUGUGGGAGGAAUUGCUUCAAUUUUUAACUCCCUCGGGAGAGUCAUGUGGGGAUAUCUUGCGGAUCGCACGUCCUAUCGGCGAGCAAUGUUGUUGAUGUCGGGGUUAUUGGCUGGAUGGUUCUUCAGCUUCAUUGCUACGCCACGUGGUGGAAAAUACAUGUUUGCGCUUUGGGUUUGCCUGAUUUUUAUGACGUUUUGUGGUAACUUCAGCUUGUUACCGACUGCCACGUCUCAGACCUUUGGUCCGAUGCAUGCUGCAUCGAUUUACGGAUUGGUGUUCUCAGGCUCGCUAAAUAAGGGACCUCAGUGUAUCAGUGGUUCGCCGGGUGGGGGCAGUACGAAAAUCCGGGUAGCUGCAACUGACCAAGGCCGUCCGAUUUCUGCUGUGUUCAUGGGUGACCAGACAUUAUGGUACACUUUCAAACUCGACGCAACUCAUUUCCACGCUGCCCCUCCAGAGGGCUAUUCCCUACCACUCCAUCCCUCAACACCAAAAAUGAUAUUUCCUGCUGCUGGAAGUAUCCUUUCGACUGGUGAAAUACAAGGUACGAACGUAUUGCACAUCAUUUUUCGGAUUAGUUCAUGGCGGAGAGGCCCUUACGGGGGUUUAUUUUUAGUCGGGAGAACGAGGAGGGAAAACGCUCCGAAUUCCCUCGGACCUUGCGAUUCCCCUCCACGUAACCCGACGACCGACCCUUCUCAACCUGGGGAAUGCAUUCCCAUAUCUGGCUGUCCGGAACUGGUGAAGAAUCUGAGGAGUCCUAAUCGGGAUAUUGGCUACUUGAGAAGAACAAUUUGUCGAUUAAUUGACGGGAAGCCGUACGUUUGUUGCCCCACUACGUCUGGCACGCCAGUGCCAUCAGUGGAGCCAAUGUCCAGUGUGAAUUUUACCACAUCGCCAGGAAACGCUGAUCGUAGACUGUUCCCAAAUCCGCGAAAUUAUGAAUGUGGUGGAACUUUGAUCACCAAAAUUACCAACGGUGAAAAUGCUGCGCGGGGAGCGUGGCCGUGGAUGGCUCUUCUAUUCUAUAAAGGUGUUAAGGGAAGUGGUACGAAGCACGGUUGCGGCGGUUCCUUGAUAAACAAGCGUUACGUAAUGACAGCUGCGCAUUGCAUUCUCGAGAGUGACAUUGCGACAUUGGCUUUUGUACGACUUGGAGAGCAUGACUUGAGAACCAACCCGGAUUGUGACCGAUUCAAUCAAUGCACUUAUUACCGGGACAUCCCCGUGGAAAGCGUAAAGGUUCAUCCAGACUUCAUUCAGCAUCCAUAUAAGGGUGCCAAGAAUGAUAUUGCUCUUGUGCGACUGACCAGUGAUGCGGGCGUUGCUGAAGAUGGACUGAAAAUAGCGCCCGUUUGCCUACCCUUCGAUCCGUUUGAUGUAGAUGCAAAAGGAGAUCCUGCACUAUCUUCUGCGCAGACGACAUUGCUUGUGACUGGGUGGGGGAAAAUCAGUGUUCAAUUUGAAAAUGAGGGCAGUGACAUCCUGCAGCAGUUGCAAGUGCCCAUCGUGAGCGCCGAAAAAUGUAGAGAAACUCCUGCUUUUCGAAGGGUCGACUUCGGUCCAGGCCAUCUCUGCGCUGGUGGUGUGCAAGGAAAGGAUUCUUGCAAAGGUGACAGCGGAGGACCGCUGAUGAUUACGGGUAACAAAACGGAAAUCAGUACUGUGUUUUUCCAAGUUGGCAUUGUGUCAUUCGGUACGCCUUAUUGUGGUUUGAUACGGGCUCCUGGUGUGUAUACCAGAGUGAGCGAAUAUCUGGAAUGGAUCAUGGGUCAUGCUUGCGGCGAUUCUGAUAAAAGUGAACAGGAUGACGAAGUGUUAGCUUUGGUGAACAUAUUUGAACGCUCCGACGAGUACAAAAUCUCGGCAAAUGAGGAAAAGCUCGAGGAUGGUACAUAUUGGACGGGAUGCAUCGAAGUUUCUCCCCUUCUCCCGUCAAUUUUUCGUGUUGUGAUCGACAGUAACUCGGAGCCCGCGGCGAAAGAAUGCGUGAAGCAGUGCAUAGAGUACUUGCCGCAUUUUUGCCUAUACUUCACGUUCCCCCACGAAUAUCCCAGCAAAUCUCCGCCGAAGUUCACUCUGACGUGCGAGUGGCUUACCAGAAAUUGUCUGAAGAGCUAUUUCGAAGUUCAGAUAAACGAAAAUCGCUGCCAUUCAUUGACAUGUCCCGAAUCCAAAUGUGAUACUCCUGCCUUGCCAUCCCAGGUUCGGGAAAUAGUAGGUGAUGAACUUUUCAAGAAAUAUGAUUCCCUCUUACUGGCGUCGUCUUUGGAUAAAAUGGAGGAUGUGUGCUAUUGUCCCCGAAAUUUCUGUCAAGCCGCGGUUAUUCUGGAUGCUCCUGAUGAACUCGGAACUGCCGAAGUGGGACGUUGUCCUCAGUGUUUUUUUGUUUUCUGCAAUCGUUGCCGCCGGACAUAUCACGGAGUGGAACCCUGCAAUCUUUUGAACGAAGAAAAGCGAAAACUUUACGAAGCCUAUGUAAACGGAACGCAAGAGGUGAAGCGUCAUCUUGAGAAGAAAUAUGGGUUGAAACAAAUUCAAAGCGUGGUUGCCGAGUUGGAUUCCGAGAGUUGGCUUGAUGAAAAUUCAAAGCGUUGUCCGAGAUGCAAUGCCCGGAUCGAGAAAAGUGGAGGUUGCAACAAGAUGGCUUGCUGGAAAUGUGGGUCGUUUUUCUGCUGGUUAUGCAGCGCGCUCUUGCCUAAGGAUAACCCCUACGCUCAUUUCUCCCGAGAGAAUGUGCCUUGCUUCAAUCAACUGUUCGCGGGAACACGUGAUAGAGAUGAUCACGAUGACUUCGAAUUUUUUUUCAGGGAAGAUUUGGACGUGGAUGACGAAGAUAUUCUGCUUCAUCCCAUCUGA